AUGUCCGGCAUGAACAUCUACAGCAAACGCCUCAACUCCUUCCGCCCCAAGCGGCGGCCCUCUUCAGCCUCCACCAACAAGCCCCCACCCAUAAAAUGGCCGCACGACCGUCCCGCCGCCAAGACGCUCGCCGCCGCCGGCCUCUACUACAACCCGUCCGAGGACCACCCGGACAACGUGACCUGCUACCUGUGCGCCAAGGACCUUGACGGCUGGGAGUCCGACGACGACCCGAGCGCCGAGCACGUCAAGCACUGCCCCGACUGUGGGUGGGCGCGGGUUUCCGUGACGUUGAAGGCGGAGGACCCGCGGGGCGCGCGCAUGGUGCGCGCGAGGGCCGACACCUUUGGGGAUUGGUGGCCGCAUGAGGGGAAGCCGGGGUGGGCGCCGUCGGUGCAGAGGAUGGCGGAGGCGGGUUGGCAUUAUUCACCUACUAAGGAUUCGGACGAUUUCGCGAGUUGUGCGUAUUGCGAGCUGUCGCUGGAUGGAUGGGAGCCGACGGACGAUCCAAUGGAGGAGCAUAGGCGGCGCUCGCCAGAGUGUGCGUUUUUCACUUGGACGCCCCCCAGACAGCCCACGAGGAAGACGUCGAGAGCUUCGAUGCAGUCGGUGAUGGCCAAUUCAGACGACGAGCCAAUCCCGAAACCCAAGAAGGUGCCUCGCACAAAGAAGUCCAAGAAGGCAGAGCCAGAGCCCGACAACGUAUUCGAAGAUGCCCCCCGCGGCCGGAAACGAACCAGCACCGCAGCUCAGCAGGGCCCUGUCGUCCUGUAUGACGGGACUAUCUCCACCGAAGAAGAAGUCGAACACGAACAACAGCAACCCGCACAGAAAAAACGUGCUACCCGCGCCUCUCUGGCAGCACAGCAGCUAUCCCGCGACGCAAAUAUGAACGCCGACAGCGACAAUGAAUCCAUCGCCUCAGUCGCCUCAAGGGUCGGGGGCAAAUCAAAAGCAAAACCCAAGAAGCCCGCCGCACGCCGCAACUCGAGGGUCCGCGGUAACUCUGUUGCCCGUAAAACUAAAGCUCAGUCCGCCAUUCCUUCGGAUGACGAGCUUGAUCGCGCACUCGCCCUGGACCUUGAGCGCCCACUUACGGACGAAGAGGAGGGGUUCAAGGACUUUAAGAAGCCAUUUAUCAGGCCUAUGAAACGCAUCACCCGCUCCCGCGCCUCCCUGGCCGUUGAGGAGAAGAUGCGUAAUGCGCCGCCCGAUUCCAUCCUCAACUCCACCGUAAAGAGAGGGCGAAGCAGGACGCCGGCUAUUGCAGACGUGGAAAGAAGUCCAACGAAGAGUCCUUCAAAGAAGUUUUUCCGUGAGAGUUCGCAGGAUUUCUCGAUCCCUGUAAGGGUGCCGAAACAUCUAGCUGUGGAGGAUGACUUACUGGAAAGUCCGGAGAGGAGGAAUUUGGAAGAUGACUUUGCGGGCGACACUAUCAAGGUCGCUGCUAGGGAUAUCACAGAUACAGAGAUGGCGAUGGAAAUCGAAGUUAAGCCCAAGAAAGCACCGGCCAAGAAAGCGGCGCGAGGGCGGAAGAAGAAGGACGCGGUGGAAACUGUAACUGCCACUGAAGACGAACCAGAGGCGCCAAAGCCCAAGAGAGGCAAAGCGGCCAAGAAGGCGGCUACAAGGGAAAGGGAAAGCAAUAUCACUGUCGACUCGGUUCAAGAGAAGAUUGAACUCCAGCUCCACCAAGAGCAGGAAGAACGACCACAGAAAGGGAGAAAGAGGCUUGUUAGGGGAACAAGGCCAAAGCGAGAAAGCGUAAUCUCAAUCGCCAGCACCGUAGAGCCGGAGCCAGAACCGGCGCAGAGCUUUAUGGACGUUGACCACCACGAAGAGGAGCCCGCUGAGGCUUCAGAUGCGGGCAGCGUAAUCCGCCACGAUGUCGCUGACGCUUUAUACCCCACACUCGCACCAUCGCCCGAGCCGCAAGAAGCAGAAGUAGAAGCAGAAGUCGAAAUGGAAGAAGCAGAACCCACCCCCAAGCCUACCAAAAAGACCGCAAACCCAAGGACCAAGCGCUCCACCCGCAGCAGCGCAGUCUCCACAGCUUCAACAACAAUCUCAUCCAUCGCGGGUUCGCACCUUAACUCAGACUCCGACCACACGCCUCGCCCGAAGGGCCGCAAGCCCACAAAGAAACAGCAAGCAAGAAUGCGCAAGACCAAAGACGACGCCCUCAAGAAGGGCAGCGAGAGCUUUUUCAAUAGUGCCCAGAACGAAGAGAUGAAAGGCCGCAAAGGCAGGCGGACCAGGAGCAGCAUGACAGCUGCAGAAGCAGAGGAAGAAGACAGCGUACGGGACACCACCACAAAGGGCGGUAGCAGCAGCUCGCCGGCGUUUGUAACGCCGGGCGACGACAUACACAUGGCCGAAGCCGCGCACGCAACCGAAGAAGAGCCAACAGUCUCCGACAACCACAACGACGGCGACCUCUCCGCCACCGACAUAGACCCACACUCCACCGCCUCUUCCCCCGCUCCGGAAACCGAAACAUCCACCGAGCGCCCGCUCUCCCCGCGUGCCCCGGCACCAACACGCAUGCCGCUCUCGCCCGUGCGGCGCGGCAUGAACAUCCCGCUCACCACUGCCGCCACGACGCCCAAAGCGCACUCCAAGGUCAGCACCGCGCUACACAGCCGGAAGCCGUGGGUUGCGGUCGACCUCGAUACGGUGUUUGCGCACGGCAGCGAGGAGUCGGAUGAGGGCGCGGGCGUCCUGACGGCGCGCGAGAGGGAGAUGACGGUGGCCGAGUGGGUGAAAUGGAAUGCGGCGCAGGCGGAGGGGCGGAUGAAGGGGGAGGGUGAGAGGAUUGUGGCGCUGUUUGAGGCGUGUGGGAGGAGGGCGAGGGAGGCGAUUGAGGCCAUUGAGACGGUGGAUUAG